CGGACAAACAAAUGGCAUGUGGAUGAUGUGCUUUUGCUGUCACCCAUUUGAAUCCAGCACUAUGGUCUCAGCGCAUCUUCAGUGUUUUCUCCUUCCACUCUGUUUGCGGUCAAGAUGUCAAGCGCUACCUCCAGUGUGGCCCGGGUAGCUUAUCUGGCCUCAGAUAUCAUCGUAGAUUCCCAGCCUACCCUUCCAUCGACCUCACAGUUCGCUAAAGAGUAUAGUUCGCUUUCUGCAACUUCCAGCCGACGUCCGACAAUCUUGUCGGUGCCCCUAGGCGGUGAUCCAGGGUCAACAUUACUCAGAAACGGAUCGGCUGCUGGACUCAUCUCAUUUACCUCUUCAGCAGCAGCACAAACUGUAAUCAGGCUUGUCCUGGACGCCGCUGAACUUUCUUCAUUUCCUCUUGUCUUGCAUCUUGCCGUGAAAAAUGAUUUGUCCGACGUCCUUCUGCUCCAUUCCGCUGUCCCUUUCUUCCUCAUCUCUAGAACCCCCCAACAAGCACACGAUAACUCACUCUUGGCAUCUCGGUUGGCACGGACGGAGAAGAAAGCAGUCGUGCAUGCCUUUUAUGACGCAAAAAAUGAUUCAGUAGAGGAAAUAUCGGAGAGUGAGGUGCAGCCUUUCCUUCUCUCGGAGAAGCUUGCGUCAACCAAUGGAGUGAAUGGACACAAUGGAGCGAACGGGCACAAUGGUCAUUCAGCAACCGUAGUAUCCCCUAGCUUAGAGCUUUUCAAGCUUUACGAGCGCGCAGCGCUUUCUACGGUCGUUCGUAUUCGUCGUGCAUGCCCUCCGCUCUCUGUACAUGGUUCCAGCGAACCCCACACUGUCAUCUUUGGGCUGGGUGACAUCCCUCCUGUGGAUAUUGACGGAGUGUCGGUUGUCUCACUCAGCCUGCUCACUCCCCUACUCCCUUCCCGUAUACUCGAUGUCAUUCCACCAUCUGCGUCACGUAUCAUCAUUCUCGAGCAGCUCCACCGCUGGAACACGAAAUGGACACCUUUGUACCUUGAACUUGUCGAUGCAAUCCACCAGCGGGAAGUAGAGCAGCGACCCCACAUCCAGAGCGUUUACUUCAGUGACCCUGCCCAAGUAAUCCCCCUCGCAAUUUUGAAACUUCUUCAAGCAGCUCCCUCUUCUGCUCCAAUUCAACUUGGAAGCGCCAGCGCCUCCUCACUUCUUUCGCCAGAAGUGCCACAUAUACCCAAGCACGAGUCGUCUUAUACGAAGAUCUUGUCUCACGUCUUUGGCGAACGCCUCGAAGUUUCCAAUUCGCCUGCCUUGGUGCUUAAACAAGGUGCUAUUGCCACCAGCCCGGAGUUUGCACUGGGCCGCGUUCGAGGACAACUCGAUCAACGAAAUGAACUUAUUCGCUCUGUGCAAAAGUUAUUGGAGGUUAAGGAAGUCAGCCCCGAGCUGCAUAAACUUUGUAGUCAGUGGGUCCUUGUUAAGGACGACGAUACCAAGAGUCGCUCAGUGGGAAAUGACCUCAUCACCGCUCUCGAGUCUUCAAAGUCCUCGAGUCCUAUUAUCGACCGCAUUCUUGCUCUCCGUGCACACUUCCCCACACGCUCGAGAUGGAUCAUUGGCUCGGACGCCUGGUCCUACGAUCUUGGCGCUUCUGGUCUGCACCACGCCAUCGCAUCCGGUCUCAACAUCAACAUUCUCAUCAUCGACACCCUUCCUUACACAUCCCGCAACUCCGCUGAUCCACAUCGCCGUAAGCAAGACGCUGGUCUGUACGCAAUGAACCACGGGGAUAUCUAUGUAGCGAGCGUCGCAGUGUAUUCAUCGCACAACGGCCCCAGUGUAGUGCUCGCAUACUUACCCUACCAAAAUGAGGAUGCACCAGCACUUGAAGUUUUGAAGGAGACCAAACUCGCUGUCGACGCUGGGUACUGGCCGCUUUACCGUUGGGACCCUGUGAAGGAAGCACAAGGCAAAGAGCCAUUCGCGCUCGACUCAGACGCUGUGAAGAACGACCUCCAGCAAUUCCUCGACAGGCAGAACCAUCUGUCCCAACUCGUACGCUCCAAGCCCGAGCUUGCCACAGAACUGGUGAGCAGCUUGGGUGAGAAUGUGAAAGAGGCAAGGAGGAGGAAGGCACAACAGGCUUACGAUGAUUUGGUUGUCUCGCUUGAUGCACCACCGUUGGUAGUGCUGUAUGCAUCGGAUGGUGGCACCGCAGAGAAGUUUGCGAAGCGACUGGCCAACCGCGGUAAAGCCAGAGGCUUGUCGACGUCCAUUGGCACCAUCGACUCUAUGUCCAUCGAUACCCUCUCUCAAGAGGAGUACGUGGCUUUUGUCACAUCUGUGGCAGGUCAGGGUGAGCCCCCGCAGAACGGACGGACUUUAUUUAAGGCGCUUAACGCUGCUGCUCUUCGUGGAGAGAAGCCUUUCUCGAAGCUUCGAUACUCAGUCUUCGCCCUCGGUGACAGCCACUACUGGCCACGCGCAGAAGAUGCUCACUACUACAACAAGCCGGGCAAGGACCUCGAUACUCGUUUGGAGCAGCUGGGGGGAGAGCGCUUUGCGGAUAUUGGGCUCGGUGAUGAUCAGGAUGCAGAUGGACCAGAUACUGGGUACAAAGUGUGGGAGCCCCUCGUGUGGAAAACGUUUGGCGUCGACAACAUUGAAGUGAAAGAAGCAGAACCCGACCCAAUCACUAAUGAGCAUAUCAAGGCGGCCUCAGGUUACCUUCGCGGCACGAUUGCUGAAGGUCUCGAGGAUAAUAGCACGGGCGCUCUCGACCCCAGUGACACCCAGCUUACGAAGUUCCACGGUAUCUACCAGCAAGAUGAUCGCGACAUCCGUGACGAGCGUCAAGCUCAAGGCGUCGAGCCUGCCUACAGCUUCAUGAUUCGCGUUCGUACCCCCGGUGGUGUGUGCACGUCUGAGCAGUGGUUACAGAUGGACCGGAUCGCUGAUGAACAUGGCAAUGGGACGUUUAAGAUCACCACAAGAGCGACAUUCCAGUUCCAUGGUGUCAUCAAGCGACACUUGAAGCCCUCCAUUCAGGAGAUCAACAAGGUCUUGUUGGACACUUUGGCUGCGUGUGGCGACGUCAAUCGGAAUGUUAUCUGUUCCGCUAUUCCUUCUUCGUCCCGGCUUCAUGCGCAGGUUUACAACUUCUCGAAGCUUGUCAGCGCUCACUUAUUGCCUAGAACAACGGCAUACCACGAGAUUUGGUUGGACAAGAAAAUGGUUGCCGGUGAGGCGGUCAAGGACUUUGAGCCACUCUACGGCGAGUUCUAUCUCCCUCGAAAGUUCAAAAUUGCGGUUGCGGUACCACCUACUAAUGACGUUGAUAUCUUUGCAAAUGACUUGGGCUUCAUCGCCAUUGUCAAUGAGCAAGGAGAUUUGGCUGGCUUCAAUGUUACUAUCGGUGGUGGCAUGGGAGUAGCCCAUGGUAACAAGAAAACAUACCCUCGAGUUGCGGACGUUAUCGGUUUCUGUACUAUCGAACAAGGUCCUAUCGUAGCAGAAAAGGUCAUGCUUACACAGCGAGACAAUGGGAAUCGUGCAGAUCGCAAAAACGCUCGAUUGAAAUACACCAUUGAUCGGAUGGGACUAGAUGUAUUCAAAGCAGAGGUCGAGAGCCGACUCGGUUAUCCAUUGGCCCCAGCACGACCAUACACGUUUGACCGCAACAUCGACGACUUUGGCUGGUCAACAGGAGACGAUGGCAGACAUCAUGUGAUGCUCUUCAUCGAGAAUGGGCGCAUUCAGGACGAGCCCGAACGCGAUUUUAAAACUGGUCUUCGCGAGAUUGCCAAGAUACACAAGGGCACGUUCCGUCUGACCGCGAACCAGCAUAUUAUGAUCUCCGAAAUCUCUACCGAAGAUGUACCCGAGAUCAAGAGAAUACUUGCCAAGUACAAGUUGGACAACUUGAACUACACUGGUUUGCGGCUGUCGUCGUCGGCUUGUGUGGCCUUCCCAACGUGCGGUCUCGCAAUGGCUGAGUCUGAGCGCUAUCUACCAGUACUCAUUGACAAGGUCGAAAAAAUCUGUGAGGAGAAUGGGCUUCGCAACGAUUCCAUUGUCAUGCGGAUGACCGGUUGCCCCAACGGCUGUGCACGACCAUAUGUCGCAGAAGUUGCCUUCGUAGGUAAAGCACCUGGAUCUUAUUCCAUGCUUCUUGGUGGUGGAUACUACGGCCAGCGGCUGAACAAGAUUUACCGGGAAACGGUAUCGGAACCCGAGAUUCUCGCCAUCCUUAAACCUAUGAUCAAGCGAUAUGCGCUCGAGCGAAUCGAGGGCGAGCAUUUUGGUGACUUUGUCAUCAGGGCGGGAUAUAUUGCCCCUACGACAUCCGGGAAAGAGUGGUACGACAACAUGGGCGGAGAAGGACAGUACCGCGAGGCUGCAGCCGCUGCAUGAGGACCUCAACUUUUUGCAUUUGCCACAUCUAUGAAUAUAUCUUUUGGGUAUCAAGUCACCUUACAACUCACU